AUGGCCUCGAGCUCGUUCACGUUCCCGCCAAAGCGCGGCAGCCCCGCGAGCGCGACCAGGGGCACCAAUCGCCCAGCUCCCCAGCGCACCCACAGCGCAGGCAGCCGCUCGACCCCCUACUCGCGCCCUCCUCCUCUUCCUGCCGCGGCGCCGUCCACCAGCGCAGCAGACGGCAAGUGGCAGCACGACCUCUUUGGUGAGAAGAGUGACCUGUACCGCCCCAAAAUCAACACGGCCGCCCUCCUCGCGCGCGCCGGCGUCGACCUCUCGUCGUCGUCGGCCUCGCUGCGCCCGUUCGGCAACGCGACGCCCGCCGCGCAGCCCAUCCUGCACGCGCCUUCGAACGGCCCACAGCUCGGCGCCAUCAACGCGCGCGCGAUGGGCAUCAAGGGCCAGAACGCGGCGCAGCAGCAGCAGCAGCUCCAGCGCCAGCAGCAGCGCCAGGCCGAGAUUGCCGCGCGCAAGGAGCGCGCAGAGGCGGCAAGACAGCGCAAGGUGCUCGAGGACCAGCGCCGCAGGACGCUCGACAUUGCGCAGCACGAGCAGCAGGGCUUUGUCGUCCAGGUCGAGGGCCUCGUGAGCGGCACGAGCGCCGAGGACGUCCAGGCCGCAUUCGGCGCAUACGGCGAGAUCGUCUACUGCAUCGUGCCCGACCCGGACGCGGCCGACCUCGUCGCGCGCCUCACCUUCUCCCGCCACGCCGACGCCGCUGACGCGUGCGCCAAGCUCAACGGCGCCAUCGCCGACGGCCGCCCGCUCGGCGUCAAGCAAGUCGACCGCACGCCCAUCCCUCCCGCGCUGCCCCCUCUCGCGCCCCCCAAGCUCCAGCCCUCGACCCUCGCACCUUCCCCCUUCCCCUCCUCGGCCUCCUUCUCCUCCUCUCCCUCCGCCACGUCGGGCCCGUUCGCCGGCGUCCCGACCGGCCCUCGCGCCCAGCGCCGCCAGCCCGCACCCGCACCGCCGCGCAUCGCGCUCCCGACCGUCGUGCCGAGCAAGAUGUACGCCGACCAGGUCGAGGAGGCGCAGCUCGAGGCGCUCGGCGGCGCCGGCGACGCCAUGAUGGACGUCGACAUGGCGACGGCGCCGGCUGCUGCGGCGGCGGCGGCGGUGGCGAGUGCGCCGGGUCGAGGAGCGGGUGGGAGGGGAGGCGGGCGCGGGGGACGGGCGGGAGGAGGAGGACGAGGAGGACAUGUUCAGCAGCAGCCGCAGCAGCAGCAGCAGCUGUCGCUCGCGGCGCGGCUAUCGGGCGCAGGGCAGCCCAAGGGGCAGCGGCAGCCGCAGCAGCAGCAGCAGGGCAAGGCGCACAAGCCGGCGCAGCAGCAGCCUGUGGGGCUCGCGGCGAGGCUCGGCGCGGCCGCGGCGCAGGGCAAGGCGGCGGGCCGUGCGGGGCCGCAGGGCGGCGGCGGAUCGCUCUUGUCGCGAUUGGCGUAG